AUGGAGUUUCAACCUAUUUGGAUGACUGCAGACAUUCCUUGGCAGCCUGAUGACCCUGACUCUCGGCGCCAAGAAGAAGCUCUGCGACAACAGAUUGAUGCUGACUAUCAAGCACCGUAUCACCAACUCGCAUCUUUCACUCGACUUGAUUCAACGCUCCCAACUGCUGCUUGCCUUGAUCGUUUACCGCAAGUUUUAGGGGACAGCAACAAUGUCGUAUGUGGUGUACACAGUUUGACGAUUCGAUCGAUGAAAACUUCCGGAAAAUCCUACCUCAUCAAGCCGGAUCAACUUGCUCGUCGAUGGAGAACCAGUAUUGAAUGUGCUCGUCGCACCCUGGAGAAGACAACUCAACGUGCCGUUCGUGAUUGGUCAGUCGUUCAAGGGUCUUGUCGUUUUCGCCCUGUACAAUAUCAGUUGGAGUAUCCGCGAUUAAAGACGAAUGUCUAUGUUGAUGUUAAGUUUGGACCCUGCAAGUCAGCUGAAGGAAACACUUGCGUCGCGGUCUAUGCUACACCAGUACAGUGGGCUCGUGCUUAUCCGUUGAACAAAGAAUCAGAUCCUGACUUGAUAAAAGAGCCAACCACAUAUCUUGGUGCAACAAUCUCAAAGCACAAGUUGGAUGGUGAUGAUUACUUCACCUGGGCUAUUGGAUCUGAAGAGUACCUACAAGUGUCGUUAAGAGUUGUCAAGAAACGAAUUGCGCCAAUGCAAUUGACUUUGAAGAAAAAGGUUUACUCAACUUUACCCACUGGAUACAAGCCGGAACUUGAUUCUACUCCUUUUGUCGAUGAUGAUACUGCUAUUUUAUACAUGCAACUCAUCGGUAUUCUGCGCUGGCUUGUGGAACUUGGUGGUAUCGAUGUUGCUGCCAAAAAGCAUCCUGAUCGUGUACUUGUGAUGGAUUGUGGUUAUGCUGACCAUCUUAGAGCAUUAAAGAAAGCUGAUUACUCACAGUUCUAUGAGUUCACUAAGGAUGAACUCCCAAGUGACAUGCCUACACCUCUUGGCAAAGCGGUAGAGUUCACUAUGUUUGUUGAUGCAUCUCAUGCUGCUAACGUUGUUACUCGUCAAUCAAGAACAGGAGUAUUGAUCUUUGUUAACAAAGCUCCUAUUAUCUGGUAUUCGAAAAAGCAGAACAGUGUCAAGACAAGCAGUUUUGGUUCUGAGUUUUCUGCUCUAAAGACAGGUGUUGAAUUACUUGAGGGACUACGAUUCAAGCUCAGAAUGAUGGGCGUCCCAAUCCAAGAAAUCGAAUGCUGUUGCAUAUCACUACGUUCGCUCCAGAUGUGCAAUUGA